AUGCAGUCCUUGCCACCGGGGACGGCACCGCUAGCGGCAACGGUGACAGAACGAAAGGUUCUGAAUUGCAGCGUCCCGAUGUCGUCAUCUGGCAGAGAGGCCGGAAGCACUCGAGGUGAUGCUGCGUCAUUUCAGCUCCCGGUUCUGUGGCUGAUGCUGGCGCUGCUAUUCGGCACGUUUGGCGUGACUCAGUGCAAUGAUCAUGACAUUUAUUACCCAACAUCUCGACUUCAUCUCAGCAUCCCGACUUCCAGAGAAUCCUACAUCAUGUUACGUGCACAUCCGCUGCUGAACUUGUCCCCGCCACAGAAAUAUCGAACCGAACGAUACAGCUAUUCAAUCGAAAGUCCAACCGAACACUAUCUGAAAAUCGAUGCGGAUUCCGGAGACGUUUGGAUUGAUUCUCAAUUUUUCAAUCAACAAACAAAUGUCACAGAAUUUAUCAUUUCCGCUAAAAGUCGUCAAAACAAAUUGCGACUCAGUUUGACCAUUACGCCCGUAUCGCUAGCCGAAGGCCAACUGCCAAGCUUCUGCGAGGACCAUUUAGACAAUAUUUGUUUCUGGGAAUCUGCUACAUACAAAAUCCGAGAAAAUGAACCGAUUGGAUUCGAAAUCGGUUCGCUUGGGCCAGCACUGUAUCAACAGCUAUGUCGCACGCAAUCGGUCACUUACAGUCUGAGUAACGCCACCGACUAUCUGUCCGAAAGCAACGGGUCCAUCUAUAGCAACGCAUUACUCGACCACGAUUCACCUCUGCCGGGCCCUCUGCUGCGUGUCGGCGUUCAGUGUUCGAUUCAGAUGAACGAAAAUGCCACUUCGCAGCAAUUGAACCGAACCAUCGAAAUUGUCGUACUGGAUGAGAACGAUAAUCGGCCGCGUGUUGAACAUACAUUCGAUAGACAUAUCGAGCUGAAUUUAGAUGAUCCUCACAUUGUUAAGGAUCAUCCACUGACACAUUUAAAGGUGGUAUUCGUGGAUAAUGAUACAAUCGCCGUAAACAAUCACGUUCAUUAUCAGCUGAUAAACGAUACAUACAAACUGUUUCAACCGAAUUGUACCAUGUAUGAAAUUACUCGCGUGCCCAGCAUCAAACAAACCAUUUAUGCCUGUGCACUUAUCGCCCAGCAGUCCGGACUACUACCCAAGGGACAGUACUGUAUCACAUUGCGGGCGAUGGAUGAGACUGUUUCGCGGGAAGUCACUCACAACUCGCUAGAAAACGUUACAAUUUGUAUCAAUCCCAACCAUGAGAAAAUCCAGCUUCCUCGACCGGAAGCGCUGAUCAGUGGGGAAAACUCGGCUGCUGUAGCGCAGCCUUCACGUUCCGGCGGGAAAAAAAUUCGCUCCAGCAUUAAACUUGCGACCAAUCUUGCCAACUGUAGCUACAGCGAUCAGGUUUUUCUGUAUAAUACAUCGACGCGAUACGCACGCGUUGCGGUACCAGAUAACUUUUACGAUCAAGUGAAGCAGAAUAGAAUCAAUCUGGAAUACCGCAUUGUAAACAAUCCUCUAGAUGCUUUCGGUAUUACUGAAAUAGCAGGAAUAAUAUACCUUAAAAACGCCACUAGUAUCAGAAAGCAACUCGCUGGAGUGGUGCUGCCACUGACGGUUUCCUGGUUGAAUCAUAACGCUACUAUCAGAAUUAUCGUACAGCAUAACUCGACUAACUCGUGUGAUGCGUUAACAGAUGACUUCUGUUCUGCUCACUCGAAGCCAUCCGUAUGUAACUCUAGCUGUGGUAUAGGCAGCCAACUCGGAAAUUGUCACUUUCGAAAUCCGGCACCCUUGGUUAACGGUGCCAGCAAAUUCGUAGAAGACUAUCCCACCUGUUCCCCAGAUUUGACGUACUGUCCGGAUAAUGUUUGUGAUCCACUCGAAGAUAUGGCAUUCAAGCUCAAAUAUCAAAUUUGUCCACAAGAUUGUACACCAUCGAACGAUGUGAUUGGAUUACACCAUAUUGAUUCAACCCGUGCUCGAGGAAUUCAUAUGUCGGCUACGCCGUGUACCUGUCGUGCUUCGGGGCAAUGUGAAUGCACCGUUGCCAUUGGUAUUAAGCCAGAGCAUCGGAAGAACAGAACUAAAACCACACAAAGUACUACAACCACUACGGAGUCACCCACUAUAGUUAAUAACCAAACCGGGGAAUCAUCUCCAGCAGCCGUAAGGGAUGGAAGUACGAUCUAUCAAACCGGACUGAUCAACGGUCCACACGCGCCAGUUUAUCUAUUGGCUAUCGUACUUGUACCGAUGAUAGUAGCGAUUUUAAUUGUAUCCUACUGCUUCACGCGUAAAGUAAACCUGAAGAAAAAAUUGGCGGAAGGAAAUAGUAUCCCGAUGCACAUGGUCAGCAACGAUACCGAAGUUUUCAACAUGGACCUACCACUGAACUCCCGAAUGAACGAAAUCAAUUUUAAAAUUGACUUUGACUCUAAAUGGGAAUUUCCACGAGCUAAUCUAAUACUGGACGUAACCCUUGGCGAAGGUGAGUUCGGCAAAGUCUUGAAAGGAUACGCUACCGAUUUACCAGAGCGGCCCGGAAUUACUACAGUAGCGGUAAAAAUGCUGAAAACAGGUGCCAAUUCGGUAGAGUUACUUGCGCUGUUGUCCGAGUAUCAAUUACUCCAGGAAGUAACCCAUCCAAAUGUUAUUCGACUGCUUGGUGCGUGUACGAAAGGUGACUCUCCACUGCUUAUUAUAGAAUAUUGUCAGUAUGGAUCAUUAAAAAACUAUCUUCGUCUCAGCAGAAAAUUAGAUGGCCUUGAAGCAGCGAAUUACGAAAACUCAAUCGAACCAAUCACCGUCAAAGAUAUUCUUUCGUUCGCGUGGCAAAUCAGCAAAGGAAUGGCCUAUCUGACAGAAAUAAAACUCGUGCACCGCGAUUUGGCAGCCCGCAAUGUACUGCUGGCAGAGGGCAAAGUGUGUAAAAUAUCUGAUUUCGGGCUGACACGGGACGUGUACGAAGACGAUGCCUAUCUGAAGAAAAGUAAAGAUCGAGUGCCCGUCAAAUGGAUGGCCCCGGAAUCGUUGGCCGAUCACAUCUACACGACCAAAAGCGAUGUGUGGGCUUUCGGUGUGCUGUGCUGGGAACUAAUUACGCUUGGUGCUUCCCCGUAUCCGGGAAUACCACCACAGAAUCUUUAUAAUCUGCUAAAGCAAGGCUACCGAAUGGAGUGCCCGAAAAAUUGUUCUGAAGAAAUUUACAACAUUGUACGUUCUUGCUGGGCCGAUGAUCCUAAGCUUCGUCCAUCGUUCAAAUAUCUGGCUGGCCAAUUUGAACAACUCCUGGGUCGUAGUGCGAAAUACGUAGAUAUGGAACAGAACUCAAUUUCUAAUCCUGUAUACUGCGAUAAUAACGAUGAAACAGACUGCGCAAAGAUUUCCUUCGUAAAGGAGGAGCAGGCACGACUGGAGAGCCUCUGGAGUACACCUCAAUACGAACCCGCCACGGAUGGCAGCAGCACCGUUGACAGUUUCCGCUACCUGUCGCCGCUCGCGGACAAGAAGGCUCUGCUGCUGCAAAGUUACGACACACCACGGCCACUAAUCGAAACAGCAACCAUCGAGCAAAAAUUGCGCUAUGAAAACGACGUGCGGCUACGGCCGAAAAAGGUUUUCCUAAAUGGUGUCUAUCCACCGUCGUCAACGCCAACGACAGCCACUGUCUACAUUAAUUCGUCCAGCCAUCCGAACCUAUUUUCCAACCUUGCAAUAGACGAAACAUCCUUCAUUUCGGGUAGGUCUCCAACCGAGUACGAUUCACCCAGCAAAAAACCCAGACGUGUGUCCUACCUGGACAUGAACAAGAAUAGCGUAAAUCUAAACUUAGAGAUUAACAACAUCGUCGACAAAAAGCAAUCGAAAGACAUUGCUUUUCGAUUUUCUAGCUCUAGCGAAAACAAUCUGCAAGCGAUUGUCACUUCUCAUCCAGAUUCCGUCAAUGACUCAGUCAUUAGGAGUGAGCAAACGGACGCUGAUGAUCGUGGCGGUAGAGAUGAAGUAGACUUUCCCUGUAAGAAGAUCAACAGUCACGAACUGCUGGGUACGCUGACCGUCACAUCGACUGUUUAG